AUGUCACAAGAAACAUUUUCAACUUUAUAUGAAGAACUGCCACAAAAUUUAGCUCCGCCUUUAGUGAAACAGUUGCCACAAAAAUCAACUCCACAUUUAGAAGUACAAGUGGCCCAGGAUCCACCUCCAUAUUUAAUUGAAGAGCAGCAGCCUCUGUCAAUGACUGUUACAACUUCUUCUUUAUUAUUAGAGAAGCAACCGUCGGAUGAUGAAUAUGGAAAUCUCAAUUCAAAUAGAAAAAGAAGUUUAAAGGGGUUCGGAAACUCUAAGAAAUGGGACAAAUCAAUUACAAAAAUUAAACGUAUGAAAGGAGAGGAGUAUGUGGAAUAUCGUAAAGAUAAGAAGGUUUUAGGAAAUGAGAAAUUCAAAGUAAUCCAUGACAUACCUCGUCCAGCACGUGAAAUGGGUCCAAGGUGCACUUCUACAUUUUGUACGAAGUCUAAGGUCCGUGGUUGUUCAAGCUUGACUGAAGAUGAAAGGCAGAAUAUAUUUUCUAAGUUCUGGAAAGACAUGUCAUGGGAUCAAAAAAAACAGUAUGUCGUAUCUCAUGUCUUGAUUUGUCAGAAAAAGCAAGUUAAAAUACAACAAAUUCUAAAAGGAGUGAUAGCAAACAAUACUUUUUGA